GUUGAGCUUAAUCCUAUGAUAGUACUGUUCUUGAGUGUAAUUGCGUGCAGAGUUGCUCAAUCUUUUUUACGCUUUGGUUCAUAUCAAAUACAUGCUUCAAGAGGCAAAGAGGAUCUUGAAAUCGUAAGGGCUUUGGCUGAUUACGCCAUUAGGCAUCAUUUCCCUCACAUAGAAAAUAUGACCACAAGUGAAAGCCUGUCCUUCAACACGGGCAGUAAUGAUCAGGAUGUGGUGGAUCUUACAUCAAAUAAAUACGCAGCCUGGGUGGUGGAGAUUGCAGAGCGUACUGCUUCCAUGAUCGUGAAGUGGCAGGGGGUUGGGUUCACUCACGGGGUCUUAAUCACAGAUAAUAUGAGCAUUUUGGGCCUGACGAUUGAUUAUGGUCCUUUUGGAUUUCUCGAUGCUUUCGACCCAACCUAUACCCCUAAUACAACCGAUCUUCCUGGAAGAAGAUACUGUUUUGCAAAUCAGCCAGACAUCGGUUUGUGGAAUAUAGCCCAGUUCGUUUCAACCCUUUCCGCUGCUCAGCUGAUAAAUGAUAAGGAGAUGAAUUAUGCCUUGGAAAGAUAUGGGACCAAGUUUAUGGAUGAGUAUCAGGCUAUCAUGACCAGAAAGCUUGGCCUCCCUAAGUACAAUAAACAGCUGAUAAGCAAGCUUCUGAACAAUAUGGCUGUGGAUAAAGUUGAUUACACAAACUUCUUUCGGUUGCUUUCAAAUAUCAAAGCCGAUCCCAAAAUUCCUGAAGAAGAGCUUCUAGUUCCAUUGAAGUCUGUUCUACUGGAUAUCGGGAAGGAGCGAAAGGAGGCGCGGAUCAGCUGGGUGAAAACCUACAUACAGGAGCUCGCUAGCAGUGGCAUAUUAGAUGAAGAACGAAAGGCUUCGAUGGACUUGGUGAAUCCUAAGUACGUCCUCCGCUACCUCUGCCAAAGUGCAAUUGAUGCGGCUGAGCAAGGAGACUUUGGAGAGGUCCGAACUCUUCUCAAACUAAUAUCAAGGCCCUAUGAUGAGCAACCUGAGAUGCAGAAGUAUGCUCGUCUUCCCCCAGCUUGGGCUUACCGACCUGGUCUUGUUCCUCGUGAAUUUAAAAAAAAAAAAACUUUGCUCGGUGUUACUACACUUAUAGUGCGAUAGAUUUAUGUGCUUUUCUUCUGAUGUAUAUAACUUAGCCAGGAUUAUGAUUUUUACCCUUUAAAAGGAUGAGUUUGUACACAACAGCCUUAUUCUUGCAUCUGUCAGGAACCUGAACAUUUCAUCA